CGUGAAUUCUCAACAACCAAAACAAAUCCCAGCAGCCAGUGGUUCUUGGUUGUGCGCACUCACUUUGCGUUCUUUGCUGUGGAUGAAGUGUGGGUGACAAACCAUCAACGACGAUAUGGGAACGCGAACUGUGGCCGUGCAGGCUGUGGCCAUGCUGGUGUGUGCUGCUGCAGUGUUUGGUUCGGUAACAGGCGCCAGCGAUGUUGGCUGCCGCAACAAGCUGGCUCAGACACCACCCAUGGGGUGGAUGAGCUGGGAAAUCUUCCGCUGCCAGAUGGACUGCAAAACAUAUCCAAACUCUUGCAUCAACGCUGAUCUGUACAAGACUACGGCUGAUGCUAUGAAGGCCAAGGGCUUCCUCGACGCAGGCUACGACACGGUGCACAUCGACGACUGCUGGGAGGCCGAUGCCCGCGACCCCAACACCGGCCGCCUCGCCGCCAACGCCGACCGCUUUCCAGGCGGUAUCGCGCCGCUUGCAGACUACAUCCACAAGCUCGGUCUCAAGUUUGGCCUGUACACCGCAGAAAGCAAGACCACGUGCACGGGGCACGUUGGCUCGUAUCUCAAUGAGAUUCUGGAUGCGCAGACGUUUGCCGACUGGGGCGUCGACUACCUCAAGGUGGACGGGUGCAACCCGAACAAGACGUACUACCCCACCGGCUACACCGCCAUGGGCACCGCUCUUCAGAUCUCUGGCCGUGACAUUGUGUACUCGUGCUCGUGGCCCGCAUAUCUUGGCAGCAACGAGACAACGAAGCCAUACAACACCAUGAUUGGCAUUGGCUGUAACCUGUGGCGCAACUGGCAUGAUAUUCAGUGCAACUGGAAGUCCCUUUCAAGCAUCAUUGACCACUGGGGCGACUAUGGACAGGUGCUUGCAAGCUACGCCGGCCCCGGUCACUGGAAUGAUCCGGAUAUGCUGUUGAUUGGCAACGAUUGCAUCACGGACGACCAGGCGCGCACGCAAAUGGCAAUUUGGUCCAUUGUUGCUGCCCCGCUCAUCAUGGGCAAUGACGUCCGCAACAUCACCGCCUCCACACGCGCCAUCCUUCUGAAUCGUGACGCAAUCGCCGUCAACCAGGAUCCCCUCGGACAGGCCGGUUUCCGCAUUUCGCCCAAGGGCGCCACGGAGGUGUGGGCGCGCAACAUCACCAACGCCGUUGCUGUCGCUCUCCUGAACAAGGGAUCGCAAUCGUCGUCAUCAGCCGACAGCGAGGCUUCGCGUGCCCAAACCAUGCGUUUGGAUUUGCCUGCAGGCAACGACGGCCAGGGUCCGGUGUUCACCCACGUCGACCGUGACGCUCAGCUGCGCGCACGCAGCGCAGCCGCCACCGCAGCCAACACCACCACCAUCACCGUCAACUUUUCCGACAUUGGCGUGUCUGGUUCCGCUGAUGUGUAUGACAUCUGGGCGGGCAAGACCGUUGGAACGUUCAGCAAGUCCUACUCUGCUCUCGUUCCGGAAGGCGGCACCGCUUUCCUGCGCAUCACGCCCAAGAAGUGACGCCCUUUGUUUGGUCCCUCGUGUUUGUUGACGUGUGCGUGUGUGUAUGUGUGUGCGUGCGUGUGCGUGUGUGUGUGUUGGGGGAAAUGGGAUGGAGGUGGUGUGAUCGGCUUGUCUUUUGAAUGUGACGUUGCUUGUCGCUGAGUGGUUGACUUGCCUGUGCUGCUGCUGUUGCUGCUAAAGCAUGUGAUGGUGUGUUGAUUGCUUUCCGUCACGAUUUACAAUGAAAAGGGUGUUGGAGGAAGAAUAAGUUUACAUUCAGC